AUGGGGUUCAAGCAGGAGUUCCUCAAAGAGCUAGUCUUCAGCUAUAAGAAUCCUGACGAGAUAAGAGUCAAAGGCUUCAGAGACUACUUUGAGCGCUUGAACAAAUCAUUCCUAUCGCAUCCUGUUGACCAACCGCCGCCUCCGCGGAAGCCCAUUACGGCGGAGGUGAUUCACGUCUGUGAGCUGAAGACUACUCUGAACCCAGAGACCGAAGUCGAGGUUGUGCAGCGAGCCAUCACUCGCCACCCGGCUGGAAACUUUCAACCUUCGACAAAGGUGCUUGGCUGGGAUGGGGCAAAGCCUUCCUGA